AAACGUUGGUCCACGUGUAUUCGUAUCACUAGACUGGACCCGUCGCUAGAUGGCAGAAGAUGGCGAGUCCAUUUCCUUUGCAGCUGCACGAAGAAACUCUGCUGCUUUGUUUAUACAUGUGGCAAUGACAACCACCACUGAACUAAAAUGCGCCGUGAGAGAAACCCUGGAGUCCCGCGGAGUGCUGGGCCAACUGAAGGCUCGCAUCCGGGCAGAAGUGUUCGAUGCCCUGGAUGAUCAAGGGGAGAAUCGGCCGCCGUUGUCCCACGAAAAUCUGCUCAUCAACGAGCUCAUCCGGGAGUACUUGGUGUUCAACAAGUACCGACACACGGCAUCGGUUCUGACAGCAGAGUCGGGCCAGCCCCAAGUUCCCCUGGACAGGCAGUUUCUGGCGAGUGAGCUGAGAGUUGCUGAGGAUAUGAGCUCCAAGUCGGUGCCUCUUUUGUAUGGUUUGGUGUCGCACUUCCUGAAUAGCAGCGAUGAUGGAAGGAAGGUGUUCCUAAGGGGCGCGCCUCAUCCCGGAGGCCCCCCUCCUAGCAACGCAGGACACGGAGCUGACGGCUAACAAGUGAAGCAAAGCACAAUGGGGCAAUGGCGCACGCUGGGACUCGUCCAAUCCAUCCUCAUCAUUUUUUAUACAGUUGAAGCCAGAAGUUUACACGUUUCAUUUUUUUCGUCUCACUUUCUGAGGUUUAAACAGACUAAAGUUCUCCUGUUUGAGAUCAAUCAGGACCACUCAAAUUAUCAUUAUUAUUUAUUUUAUUUUGUAAAUGCCACAAUAAUGACAGACAAUUUUAUAUUAUUUUCUUUUAAAGGAAAAAAAUUCCAUACAUUUCCUUAGUAUUGAGUAGCGUUUCCUUUGUACUGCAUGACUAGGGUCAAAUGUUUUGGGUAACCUUCUGACAGUAAUCUGCUGGAAUCGUGGUCCAUUCCUCCUUACAGAACUGAUGUAACUGAGUCAGGUUUCUUGAUUGCCUUGCUCGCACACCCUUUUUCACAUCUGUCUGCAAGUUUUCGAUGGGAUUCAGAUCACAGCUUUAUAGUCACUCCAAGACAUUGACCUUUUUAUCCUCCCGCCACUUCCUAACCAUUUUGACAGUAUGUUUGGUUCUUCCAAGUAUUUCCGAACUUUUUUUUUUAAAUCUGGGAUCCAACAUGGUGCUCAAUGACAAGACAAUUUCAGGCUGAAAAUGGAACAGUUUCUCUUGCCUUUUUCAGACAUCCCACUUAUGUGAUUCCCCCUAGAGUGGACAUAUUUAUUCUUCUAAGUGCAGCGGUUUUCAAAAUUUUUGAGGCAUGCCCCCACCCCCGCCCCUUUUUUUGGGGGGGAGAUCAACUUUUUCCCACUCCCACUAGUUGAAAUGCUCACCGGCAGUGGGGUGGGGGUGCUAAGACAGAAAUUUAUAAAAGCAGAGGCUGGUGAUAGCGUUGAAUAGCCUAUAGUUUAGCAAUAAAUUUAGUCAACUAGCUUAUUCAUUCAAUAAUUUCAGUGAUUAAAGCAAAUCAAGUUUCAGUAAAGCCCCCAAACUUGUGAAUUUGGGGGUAUUUGAAAUGGUGGUGUGUGGACAGACUUCCAUUUAACAUGAGUUUAAAUGUGAUUGGUUACUCCUGAACAUAGCCAUAUCCCACGUAGAAGAGGGAGUGGACCAUUGUGAAAAAUGUAUUUAUUUUAUUUCACUAUGGAAUUAAAUAUGUGCCACCAGAAUUUGACUUUGAAAUGCACAGAAAACAGUAUUUGAAUUUAAAAUUAAAUACUUCAACCAGCUACAAUUCGCUUUCUAAAAUUAACCGUCUUUGCCACCAGGCCGGGUUAUUUCAGGUCAGCGCCGAACACCCAGCCAAUCGAAGUUACGCUUUACCCCUGCCUGGUGGCACAGACGGUGAAUUGUAGCCAGUUGAAUUGUUAACAUUGAAACGUUACACUGAAAUACAACUACUGAAAAUGUCAUCACUUUAUAUUUCAAAUUCAAAUCCUGUUUUCUGUGGCAUUUGAAAUUCAAAUCCUGGUUGCACAUAUUUACUUCCAUAUUUCACUUUUCUAUAAACAGGUAGAAGAGCAAUUGAGACAGCAUCCCUUUUGAAAUGGCAAACACGGUAGAAAGUUUAAUAUCCAAGGCCAAGCGAAUCGCAUACAAGAUUAUUUUCACCUCCCCUCUUGAUUAUGUUUUUGAUUGAAAAUCCAUUUAGAAGGAGAAAUUCUAGCUGACUUUAAUUGUGGAAAAAGAUUGUGCAAGAAGAUGAAUGUUUCUAAUUUUAUAAAUGUUUUUUUCAUCAUUUAUUAUUUUACAACAACAUGAUUUAAUUAAGUGAUAUUGUUCAGAAAUCUUUUUAUUUUUCUGCAUUUUCACUAUGCUAUUUAAAAAAAAAUCUCAAGUUAACUUAGUUCUUGAGAAAUUGCAGCGGUAAUUGUAACAGUUGAUUCUGACUCGGAGUUGUUUUUUCUUACGUAAUUAUGUGGAGGACUGCUUUUUUCUUUUAUUUGAGUAAUGUUCUAAACACAGUCCUGUAAUGUUACUUGAGUACAGGACUGUCCUACCCUCCUGUGGACGGUAAUGCGCUUCUUAUUGAGUACGGCCACACGAUGGCAGUCUUACCCAAGAUAAGAAUAAAGCUGCACUUCCAAACUUUGCAAACGUAUUGCCGUAGCGUUGACGUACCUAAUGAUCAUGAAUUCAGAUUUACAGUAUUCACAGAUUUUAUUUAAGUGAUUGGACGUAUAACAACACGAAUCUGUGGAGAAAAUAUGCCAUCUAGAUUUUUUUUUUUUUUUUACUAUCAAUGGGCGACAGAAGUGAACUGCAUCUAGUCUUUUGACCUCUUGUUUUAUUGCAAAUAAGGGGAGCAUGACAACACUUGAGUAAAAAAACAAACAAAAAAAAAACAUGAUAUGUAAACCUAAAAAGGGUGAAUUUAGCUUGUGAACACUUAGCCACAACGAUCCAGCAAGUUGCAAAUAUGGUUUUGAUGUUUGACUCUCAUCCCUCAGGUUAGGGGUCAUUCGCUUAACAACUUUGAUGUUCUUCAAGAAUGGGAAAAAAUUCCAUUUACAAAGCUUCAACAAUUAGUGUCCUCAGUUCCCAAAUGUUUAUUAAAAGAAAAUGUAACAUGACGUCAUGGUACAAGUGACCCCAUCCCAGCUGUUUUGGAAUGUGUUGCAGCCAUCGAAUUCUAAGUUGAUUAUUUCCUCAAAACAAAAAAGUAUAAGUCUGAACAUUAAAUAUCUUGUGUAUUCAAUUAAUUAUUGGUUGAAUAUGAUUUGCAAAUGAUUGUACAGUAUUCUGUUUAACACAAUGUCCCAACUUCAUUGAAACUGGUUUUGUCUAUCAGCUU